AUGUCAGAGGCGGGUGAACAGCCCUUUCACAGGGAACAGCCUUUUGUGGACGAGCAGUUCGACAUCCUCGCCUGGUAUCACUCCUUCCAGUCCUGCGUCCGAUACUUUCUCACCACAGCUCAAUGGGACUGUUCUGUCCAGGCCCUUGCUGCAUAUCUCAACAUCCAAUUGCCAUUUCAACGCACCCUCACCCACAACCAACCACAAAACUAUUCUCUCCUCUACCCCCGAACGUCAUCUCCAAGCCCGGUAACACCACCACCAGGCGUCCCUCAUCCAGUGACAGCAGCUCAUGCACAACAAUUUCCUCCGACCUCCAUUCUCCCCUACAUCCGGCGUCUUGUCGCAACGGGCUGGGAUUAUCCGGCUAUUCUGCACGGCUUCUUCGGCGAUGACUGGGAGCGCGGUGUGAAGCCGUUGCAAGAGCACGAACGGCGUAACUACCUCUUUGCCGCGAAAUCAGCAUCGUGGCUGGAGGUCAAGCAGGCAUACGACAUGGGUGUGGAUGAAACCGUGCCGUUUCUAAAACCGUUGAGGCAGGCGACUGAAGAGGAGAUAAGAGCUGCUGAGGAAGGGUGGAGCGAGUGGUUAGCUAUGCAAGAUUGGAUGCUUGGUCCUAGGGCGCCGGAUCAGGGCGUGGAUAUUAAGGAGGAAGAUGAGAACUGA